AGGGAGACAACAACUACAUGGUGCUGUUCGAGGACGGUGACUCGAAGGCCCUCUCCAAGGACGUCAUCGUGAUCGGCGACAAGGACACGCUCCCGAUCGUCGGCCACGCCGUAAACGCGUUCACCGGAGGCGACACCGGUUUCGUCGACGAGGUCAAGCGGAACGAAACCACCAACGAAGUGUCGUACGUGGUCAGGAUCGGCGAGGGCACCGUCGAGGUGAUCGCCUCCAACCUGUAUCUGAACGAGGAGCAAAUAAUCAACUGGACAUGCAAGGCCACUGAAGGGGGCGCGGACGAUCCGAUGCAGUCGCCGUCGGCCAGCGCGACAAACACGUCGAUCCUACAGACGCCGGACGAAGCGUCCGCCGCGGGUGGUGGCGAAAAGAAUUCGCGGUCGACGCAGAGCAAACGCAGCAACAAAAUCCAGGUGCGGGAUAUCCCACGCUAAACCAACCGCACGGACCUCCGACCACGUCGAUCUCGACCAGUGCCUCGACAUCGUCCAAUAAAAACCACCGGAGCGCCGACCUACACACCGGCUCCAGGACAAACCUCUUCUCCAAGUCCAGCAGCGAAUGAUCCAAUUUCCAACGCGACCCACAUUCUUCCGACCACGUCGACCCACAUUCUUCCGACCACGUCGACCGGAUAUGCUGUAGAGCCUCGUUCUCCCGGCAGUGUUUGGUGUGCUUUCCAGCCAGCCCGUGUUCGGCAACUCGUCUGUAUUCCGGAAGGUCAUCCUCCCAGCAGUGGUUAGUUCACGUCCCAGCAGUGGCCCGCGUUCUGAAGAGUCGUCCUCCCGGCAGUGGUUUGUUCGCGUCCCAGCAGCAGCCCGCGUUUCCGCAACUCGACCGUGUUGAGGAGGGCCGUCCUCUCGGCAGUAGACUUGCUUAUUUUUUCACGUAAAAUGGUAC